AUGAGAAUCCUCAAAAAAAUGCGUGGAGAUCGGUUUGGGACGCUUUUCGCACACCCGGUACUGGAAGCAAGCGAUUCUGUAAUAACUCCGGCUGUGAAGGCAUCGUACAAAGCUACGAUCGAGCACCCAAUGGACUACAAAACUGUAAAGAGCAAACUCGACGCUUCCGCAUAUCAGACUCCUGAUGAAUUUAAGGAUGACAUGCUACUUAUCUACGAUAAUUGUAUGAAGUUCAAUCCACCUGUCGGACCUAGCAAGUGGAUAUACGACGCAGCUGAGAGCAAUAAAGCUAAAUUUGAAAAAAUGUACGUCCACUGCCAAUAUUACCGUUAUAUAAUUAUUAGAUGGGAAGCGGCCCAAGAUAAAUUAGCACGGCUUUUGGCAAAGCCCAAAAGCCGAAAACAGCAAAAAAAUGAACAGCUGACUAUGCCAGAAUUAGGUGAAACGUCUUCAGAAUACACUGUGGAGAGCGUCGAUACCAAGGUUCCAACUGCGUCUGAGGAACCGACAGCGGCACAUCAGGGCGACUCAACCGUUACAUCCAAUCCCGCGAUUGUAGAGCCCAAAAAUGUACAAGAAACGGAAACAGGACCAAUAUUUAGGUCAUCUUUCCGUCUUAGUAUGAAGGCUAUCCAGGAAUAUAGGGCACGGCGUGAAGCUAUGGCCGUACACGUAGUGGCACAGCAACCACCAGCGCAAAAAUUACCAGUCACGGAGUCACAUGUCGCUGAGCCUGUAACCCUGGAUAUACCUCUAAAAAUGGAAGAUUGCGAACCUGUACAGCCCGAAUGCCACUUGGCGGAUGAAGCUCAGGCGUCAUCCGAGCCAGUGGCAGUCGAAACAAUUCCUGAAAACCUCCCCUGCGAAGAAAUUACGCAAGUGGACGACGUAUUUACCGAAGAUUCUGACGCCGCAGCAGAUAUUGACGGUUACGAACAACCGCCCAUAUCAACGCGACGCGAGGAGGGGAUACUGCGAGUCAAUUGGCUUACUGAAAACGAAUGUAACCAAUUAUUUCCGCACUGCAGCAUUAUUGGCUUGGAACAGCGUAAACCGCAGUACAACGUCAGCGAUAUUGCGCUGCGCUCCAUUUACAACGAAAUUUACUUGGCAGGCCAAAGUGAACCAAGGAAACGCUCUUCAAGCGACCUCCUAGAAACCGCAGUUGGCAGUGACUACAGAGCGAAACAUCACAAGAUGAUCACCUUCUUGCUUGAAAAACCACAAGAACCAACUACGCCCGGACCUUGCACGCUUCCAGAGUUUGGUGACGGAGAAUCGACUAGCAUGACUGACGAUGAUCGUUGGGUGCUGUCACCUUAUGAUCAAGAUACAGUUCGAGACGGUACCGAGUCGGCGCCGUCAGCUUGGUCCGAGGACCUUGAAGAACCACUCUUGUCCGAUAGGAGCCAGACGCUGCGCAUCGAGCUCAAGUCGGAGGCUACGGUUGGUGUGGAUCCAGAAGCAGAAUCUAUACUACUUAAAAGCGGUUUUUCUAAAGUUCCAUCGGUUAACUCUAUGGUUAAGUGCAAUGCGGAAAUAUCUUUCGAAAGUGACAAUCGUGGCUACUACAAGACGGAAGAGGGGGUGUUUCUAUACUGUGGUUCUGUAUUACGUCACAUUCGCCUAUUCUUGUUAAACUGCGGCGAUGUUACCGUAGAGAUCACUCGACGGACACUGCCGUUGGCUCAACUGGUAUUCAAACAUGGGGUCACGUCUGCAGUACACGAGCUUUACAUUGAGUCAAAGAAACGCAAUAUGCCGAAUAUUCAAUUUUUCCAGUUGCCACAAGCUGGAGCCGUAUCGUACGCCCCUUGCGUCGAUGCGUUGUGGCGCCUACAAACGGUAAACAGCACAUUGCCGAAACCGUUCAUCGUACUUCACGCUAUAUGCAGAAACAUAAACUAA